AUGGCGAACCAAGCUUCUUUUCCAUACGAAUUUGCCUACACCACUUAUGAUAUUGCUAGGUAUUCCUUAUGGGAUGAGACGACAUACCCAGCUUCUUCCUCAUCUUUUCCAAACAAAAUUGUUGACCCAUCUUCCGAUAUUACGGGGUAUUCCUUUUCGGAUGAGUUGGUCGACCCUACGCCUUCCUCAUCUUUACCAAACCACAUUUCUUAUCCAUCUUCCGAUGUUAUCGAAUAUCCUUUAUGGAUUGAUAUGGCGGAUGUCAUGAACCAAUUAAGUACGGAGGAAAAUGUUACGGUAUCAACAAGUGGUAUACUUGUAGAGGAAAAUGCAUUUCUAGUUGCAAAUAACGCAACUGUAGGAGGAAAUAUUAUUACAGAUUCUGUAGUUGUAGAAAUGAGUAUGAUUGAAACUCUUGCACAUAGGCAGCGGAAGAAUACGAGAAGAACUUUUUGUGAUUCAUCCACAAUAAGCAAGGAAAUGAUUUCCAAAUAUUUCCAUCUGCCUAUAUAUCGAGCCGCCAAGGAACUGAGAGUUGGGUAUACGAUUUUGAAGGAAAGGUGUAGAGAAUUAGGAAUCUUUAAAUGGCCAUAUCGACAAUUAGUGAGCUUGGAGAAGCUAUCAGGAAAAGUGCAGGUAUUUAGUAACAUCGAAAAUGACCCUGACAUAAAGGAGGCAGUGAAGGAACUAAAAAGUAGAAGGGAAAUGUUGCUAAGUGUUGGUUGA